GCAAGAUCUGGAACCCUGAAUCUUGUACAUAAUCCAUGAACGGACGUAAGAAGUGAGGCAGCGGGACUAUCACUGACAUGAGCUGAUUUAUUUUGGAUUGUUUGAAAUAGCAUGUCGCCUUCUCACUUGCUUUGUUCCAUUGGAGGAGAAUUAGGUCUGCCCGGUAGAUAGCCAAAAGGUAUAAUUAGACAAUUAUCCCUUCGUUCUGUAUCUCUCAGAUAUUGCUUGUUCAACCACUAUCUCUACUCUUCCAUCAUUCAUUACAUUGUGACUUCUAGUCCAGCAAAACUGCUGAUCUUCCCUAACCUUCGGCGUGGCAUGUGCCAUCUUUGAUUCCAAUUACCGUUCGUCUCGUUGAGAACACUUGAUUCCUUGAUUGCCUUGUAUUGUGGGAAUCAUGCCACAGACUAGCAUCGAGUCUGUCAUAGACGGAGCUCAACCAACGAAAGAGGCUGUGAGACUCACCUCCCGAGUAUCAUCGAGUACGGACCAUGAUAUUGAGCGACAACCCCUGAGUAGCUACCUCCACGAGCCUUUAUCAGCGGGGAAUAAACUUGUGAAGCUCCCAGACGGUCCUGACUCUGAACACGCGAGUAUUAUGGCAGCCCAAGAUAAAAUAUCUUCUGAGAUAGAGGAUAUAAUGGAAAAAUUUGACGAGUCAUGUGGUGGUGAAAUAUCUCAUCAACUAUCCAAGAAUAUAGCUUAGAGAUGCAACACA